AUGCAGCCUGCCGACGACUACGCCGCCGCGAAGAAGCAGGUGACCAUCACCAUGUUGACGAACUUCACCAAGCGAGCGCAUGGCGGAAUGUUCCGACAGGCGCUGAGCUCCGUUUUCGAGCACCUCAAGGACCGCAGGCUCUAUGUGAAGGAGGUUAUCGUGGUGGACGAGUGGUACGAUGGGAGGCAAGCAUGUGCUUCGGCUUUGCAUCUUCUGCUGCUGGCUCAGUGCGAAGACCAAACCAAGCGUCUUCACACCGGUCGGCAACCUCUUAGACUCUUUCCGAACAUGGCUUUCGGGCUCCUCCUCGUUUGGGUCGGCUUGGCUGCGAUGAGCUCAAGAGCAGCGGCGAGUCGUUCCGAGCCUGUGGGUGCUUCGAGCUUCAGUCUGGAGGAUUAUGUGCGCUCAGGCAACCUUCACGAGGGACUGGAGUCCUGGAUGGAGAUCUUCCAGAGCUUCGGACGAGGAGAGCGCAUGGAUCCUCAGGUGUUGCAGGAAAUGACAGAAACUGCUGGCACCUUUGAGGGUGCCGAUGAAAGCAGUGCCAGUGCCUCCCAGAGAAGUUCAUCAGGUGUGGACCAGGAUUUGACGAAGGAGCUGGCCAAGCCGAGCGUCAGGGAGCGUGUGCAGGAUUUUGCUUCCAAUCCCGAGCUUCUCACGAAAGUUAUCCAAGAGAACUCCUUGGUUCAGCAGCUCGCAGCGAUGAAUCCGGCGGCAGCUCAAGUCAUCAACAGCCCAGAAGCAUUGCAGAAGAUUUUUAGCAAAGAUAUUUUGGAUGUGCUAGAGCAGGGCCAGAGGCCUGACGAUGCUGCACUUGAGUCCAUACUGGAGUCGUCGCAGGCGUAG